GAGUAUGUAAGGUCUUGAUGACAGAACUAAGGGGGUAUGGAAGGCAGACUGUGAAAGGCAGACUGUGAGGGUCUUAUUUUGAAGGCAGAACACACUCAUAAAUAGAAAGAUACUUAAGAAUAAAUCAGAGGAAGUAGUGUUUUAUAGUAAACUCUGUAGUUGACUUUGGCUUAGAUCUGGAAAUCCUGAGAGUAAAGAAUGGAGUUUAGAAACACGGCUAGAGUGGGCUGGGGUUUUUCCCCUAGUGGGCUGUAAUGUAGUGAGAAGCUGUGUGACUGCUGCUCUUUUGUGUGGCAGGUUGUCCUCUGCCCUUAACAAUAUUAUCUAGCUCCAGGCAAUGAGAAUGUUUGUAUGGCUUUAUGAGACUGUAUUAUCAAAUAGAUGACUUCAUGGGAUAUAGGAUCAAGUUAUGAUGUGUGACUAAAAAUGUUUUAGUCUCUGAAGUUGGACCUGCCCUGGCUCUCGAGGGCAAAGUUUCAUCUCUGAAUAAAUGAAGAAAGUGACUAUGAAAGCACAGCAUCUACCUUCUGUUGCCAUCAAUGAGGAGAAGUUUAUAACCAGAGAGCAGCUCAGUUCUCUCCUGAAGACCUAUAACUCUUACUAUUCUGAUCAAGAAAAUCUGCAACUGUCACUUAGUCAGCGAGAAGGAAGCGUACCAUUUAUUGAAGGAAUCUUGUCAAUAUUCUGGGGACUCCGACAUCCUAUCCGAUUAAAAAUUCAUGAUGAGAAGCAGAUACCCUCUUUUGUAACCUUGAAGUCAACAGAGAAUGUGGGUUUGUUGCCUGGUAGAAGCGGAAUGACACGCUGGGGAGAAUUUGAUGAUCUACAUCAUAUUAGCGGGGAGACAUUGAAAUCUAAUGAAGAAAAGCUGAACCGUGAGAAAAGUUAUUCAUGUUACGAAAGCAGCACUCUGAAGUCCAAGAGCGAGCAGGAACAUGACUGUGCUACCCUGCCCAGGGCGGUCAGCGAUGCUGCAGCUGUAAGGAAGAGGACCAAGUUCCCCAUGAUAGCAAGAACAGAAGUGGAAACGCACAGGUUUUCUAUUAACGGCCACUUCUACAACUAUGAGACAUCAGUUUUUACUCCAGCUUUUGGAUCAGAAACCAAAAUACGAAUUAACAGCUAUAUGAGAACAAGAGAAGUAAUAGAGCAAUUGCUUCGAAAGUUCAAGAUAGAAAACAGUCCGCAUGAAUUUGCACUUUAUAUUAUCCAUGCAUCCGGAGAGAAGAAGCAGCUGAGGAGUGGAGACGUUCCCUUAGUGCACAGACUUCUGCAGGGGCCCUCGGAGAAGAUUGCCAAGUUUUUUCUCAUGGACAGGGAUGUGGAAGAGGUCAGCGGCGAUGUUGCUCAGUAUAUUCAAUUUCAUCUUCCAUUUUUGGAAUCAAUCCUGCACAGAAUAAAUGAAGAAGAAGAACAGGAGAUUCAACAAACAAUUGCAAAAUACCUUAAAGAGAAGCAAUUGAUAAGACAGCACCUUCAAAAUCGAACUGUUAAAAAAACAGAGACUACUGUUUGAUGUGCGUGGCAUAUUGUGAAUACCACCCUCUGCUGUUGACAAAGGAAAGUCUGUGUGCUUUCUUGAAUGUGCCAUGACUGAAGAAGACAUAGAGCACACGGGUGUGCAAAGUGUUUCUUUUGACAAUCAUGCAACUGAAACUGCAUAUGCUCCAGUAUGGCUCUGAAAUACAAGUUGGGAACCACCUAAGAAGAUGCACUAAAUUGUCCAAAAGGCAAAUGCUGAAUCUAACUUGAAACUUCACAUAGGAAAAAAAUCCCAUCCUGGAAAGCACAAGGCUUUACCACCUAGUAAAAUUUCCAAACCAUUGCUGAGAGUCUAGUAUAUAUGCAAAGUGUUGCAGUAACUAAUCUGCUAAUCAUAACCAAAAAAAAAAAAAAUGAAAAUAGUGAAAAAAUAAAAUGGCUUUCCUUCUAUUACAGAAAUGUUAAAUUUUAUCAGGAGGAAGGUGUUCAGUAGAGUUAAAUGGCAAAAGGUGUUUAUGUAUCCAAGAUUGUAGCUAGGCAUUUCACUUAGCUUACAAAAACACCUACACAAGAGAGACCUGAUAGUCCCCUGGCUUCAGAUUGGUAGAUACCUAACUCAUAUAACCUUUGAGCACAAGUUUUAAAAAUACAAAGAGAAGCUCUCCCAGUUUAUUGGUACUUAGCUCUUAAAUGUAUGAGUGAAUGUAUCUCUGGUGUCCAUCUUAAGCUGCAGAGUAAGAACUCUUAAGUGCUGUGAUAUCUGCUUGACUGGGUGCUGGAAUGUCCCCCAGUGUUUUGUGUAUUUUUUGAUGAGACAAAUUAUUCCAUGUUAUUUCCUGUGUUUUGAUUAAAAGAUAGAAAGGAAAAGAGUUCAGUGAAAGAGGCUGAAUGUCACAGCCAUGAUAGGGUGGGGUUGGCAUCUUUCUGCAGAUGCAAUUUGUGGACUGUCUGGUUGUUGCUCAAGCAUACAGCAGUCACCUGUUGGGUCCUGUCUGUUCGAGUCAUGCUGAAUGGUAAAGUUCAAAUUGUAGAGGUGUAAAUAAAAUCCAAUUCAUGCACAAUUAAGUGCCUUCCUGUAGUAGCUUCUUUCUUAUGUGGUGCCUGUGUUUUACAUCAGCUGCGCUGGACUUAUGCAGAUAACAGCAUAAACACUUUGAGAGAAUUGGUGUGCCGAAUGUGUUGUCUAGAAAUCAUGUGGAAUAAAUCAAGAAUGAAAAGCUGUACUCCCCUUGAGGUGAUGUUACUUGGAUGAUAAGUAAAAAAUGAGACGUCAAUUUGCUAAUUAAGCUAUUGUGCUUGGGGCAGGUACUUACUUUAAUGUACAAUCUAUUAUAAUCCUGCCCAGAAAAAUGAUUGAGAGGAGAAAUAAAAAUAAUUCAGUAGUCAAGAUGCAUGGUAUUAAGAGUUGCACUAGUUGUGCAAAUGUCAGUUCCUUGUGGCAACAGAUGUAUACACACAAAUGUCACUGAAAUUACCCAAGCAAACCAUUCGUAUAUUGAUUAGCCAAAUUAUAGGAGAUAGGAAACUCACCAUAAAACAUCACAGAUUGGACUUGCAAGGUAAACUCAAAUUACAAUGACGUCUGAAGUAGUCCACAGUCAAGUAUUGUUCUCAUCCAAAACCAAACUGAUGUUGGCAGCUUGAACAGAGUCAUGCACUGAGGUGUUUUUGGUAUAUUUUGGCACCAGCUGGCCAUACUGAGACACUAACAAUAGUGCCAAAGUCAGCACAGGAGCAGACCUCUUGGUCUGGAUUUCAGGCUUUGUUCUACCUAACUUAGUCUAAGGAACAAGUCAGAAAACACAUAGAGCAAUAUUCAGCUCAAAUUCAUGGGCAGGGAAAGUCUAGCCUGCACUCAUGAAACUGCAAGUGAUGCAGACCCCUCUGCCUGCACUGCUGUACCUGCUCAUUAUUUUAACCAGAAGAAAAGUAUUUAAGGUUUUUAUGUAAAUAGGCUAUUUCUGUUAGGUGUUUCACUUGGUAAAUGCUUGUAGUUUUAUGAAUGUAACUACUUGGUCUGAGAUGUGAAAAAAAUAAAAAUAGGAUCAGUGCACUGACCAUGUGGAAAAGUGUUUGUGAGCAGAUUCUCCAAUCCUGUCUGUAUGUCCACAGUUCCUAAAUUGAACCAUUUUUGCAGUCAUCUGGUGUUAAAUACUGCGAUCCCAUUGAGUUCACUUGUCUUGCUGAAUUGGACUAAAAGAUACUGGAAAAAUAACAAUGGAACCUAGCACAGAUGACCUGUAAAUUGUUGGAUUUUAAGCGCUAGUAAAAUAAAGCUGCUACAUUGAA